AUGGCAUUUGGUAUAAUAUCAUUAUUACUAAUGCUUUCAACUAAUGCACUUGCAAUUUAUACAUUUUGUCAUCACCGUUAUAUUUAUAAACGUUUGACUGCAUGUCUUUAUGGCGUUAUUGCAAUGUGCAUUGUUGUUACAAUAGAGAUAUUAACAAACAGUGUUAAUGAAUGGAAUCUUUCUGUCGCGGAACAAGCAAAGGAUGUUUAUACUUUGCAGAAUAUCGAAUGGGAUUAUUCAGUAGGUCAAACGACGGGUUUACCCACUUAUUUAGCCUGGACAUGUGUGUUUAUUUAUAUUUUCGCCGGAGCAACAUUUGCUCUGGGGUCACAUAAGCAUAAGGGUUCACGAGCAGCAACUGCUGAGUUCGAAAUUGAGGAUCGGCCUAUUCAUAUUGGACGGUAA